AUGGCGUCAGAGAAACUUCCUUCGAUCGUCCUCCCUCCACUGACUUCUUCCGGUCGACAAGUUAGUCCUUCGCCACAGGGCCUGAGGCAGCGGCCCUUGGGACGAGCCUCUACCUUUGCUGAAGGUAACCCGCAGCUGAACCGCCGUCGAAGUUCAUUUCUCUCUGAAACUCUUUCUGAGACGCGCAAAUCGUUACGCUCUUCCACAGACGAUAUACUCCUGCCACGUGCGCGGGACGAUGAUGAUUUUCACGACCAUGACGACAAUUCUCAUUGGCAGUCCUUGCCUCUUGGGCUUGCCCUGCUUCCUGCCGUUGGUGGCAUGUUUUUCAAGAACGGUAGCGCUAUCAUCACGGAUGUAACACUCCUGGGUCUGGCCGCUAUAUUCAUGAACUGGGCUCUCAGGUCGCCAUGGGAUUGGUACCGUGCAGCUCAGACGCCUGUUUUGACAGAUUCAACCACUCCACCGGUAUUCACUCCGAUCGAUGAAGCGGAUGAAGAUCAGGAUCCACUAUCUAUGAAUGGAAGCGGAGAAGACGGCACCAGCAAAGUGAAGGCGAGUCGUGAUGCUGCUCGUGCGAAGCUUCUCGAUACAUACAGUGCAGCUGCGCAGAAAGAGCUCCGUGUCCAUGAGCUUUUGGCCUUGCUCUCCUGUUUUGUAUUCCCUCUGAUCGCUGCCUGGCUUCUGCAUAGCAUCAGAUCCCAGCUCUCUCGGCCAUCUGAGGGCUUGGUCUCCAACUACAACCUCACUAUAUUCAUAUUGGUUGCCGAAAUUCGACCCAUCUCUCACCUGAUAAAGAUGGUCCAGCGGAGAACCCUAUUCCUUCAACGACGAGCGAACAUCGAUAUUCUCAAAGAAUCAAGUCGGCUGGACAAUCAGCAACUUCGCGAUAUCUCACGCAGGUUGGACGACCUCGAGGCACAUGUUGCAGACCGCAUUGCCGGCCAUGGGAAACAAAAAGAGGAACAACAAAAUCACGCACUCGUAUCUCAGGCUUCUGCCACAGCCACAACUGAGGUCAAGAAAACUGUACAGCCGGAGCUAGAUGCCCUGAACAGGGCCAUGCGUCGUUACGAAAAGAGAUCAACCAUCUCGUCUGUGCAGAUUGAAGCGAGGCUACAAGACCUGGAAACACGUUUGCAUGACGUCGUGUCCCUGGCCGCCGCAGCGCAGCGCAAUGCCGAUCGGAUCCCGAAUAACUACGUUCUCACCUUGGCAAACUGGAUCUGUGGUGCAGUUGUCAUCCCUGUACAAUAUCUGCUCUAUCUCUCAAGCCUUCCAUCAAAGGCCUUAUCAUCAAUCGUCGCAGUUCCAAAAAGAUACAUGACAAAGAAAUCAAGACCCCAAACAGGAAAGGAAGGUCGGGGAUCUCGGAAGGGCGCACCGCCUCGUUCUCUUGAACGUGAACGAAGAGCGAAGGUGCCCCCUUAAAUCAUCGCAAACUGAGCAAUUUAUCGGUUCUUGAACAGGCAGUGUUCUGUCUCUUGAUGUCAUGCCUGUGCGACGGAGAUUACUUGUCAAGGCUGCAAAGAAGGGAGAUCGACGGCUCCACAAGAAAGCCGUGCUGAUCAUAAACAACACGAGGCGCAUGUAAUUACAUGCCAAAUAUGUGGCUUGUUGGCGGAAGAAGCAACCUUGUCAGCCUGGUCCCCAGCCGUACUCAAACAACGGGCGGUUUUGGGAGGGCAGAGCCGCAUCGGGCUUAUGAAUUUCCCAAGCAUGAAGCCAUCUGGUAUCUCGUCAUUGCUAUCCGUGGAACGGACAUUAGCUUCCCCUGUCGGCUCUCGACAACAUCCGACUCGCCUCUUUUCGAUUGGCCAGCCUGGACCUCUUUGAAUGGCGGGUGCCAUUCCAUCCACCUACGCACUCCUUUACCGAGAAAGAGCAUGGUAUCAUUGCUUUCGACUGUAGCAGCAUCACCAUCGUUAGGGCGGGCUAAUCCCCCUGUAACGCCAAAAAAGUAAUCAAAUGACCAAAAUGUAUGUCUAUUGCUUAAUACUAUCUAAAUCUGGCACUCAUCUCUAGUCUA